UAUUAUGUAUGUGUAACGUGAAAGGUCUCCACGCUACUCACAUUUCCUUGAUUUUUUUCCACCCGCUUCGGAUUUAGUCUUAAAAUUGUUUUUAUUGCGAUUGUGUGAUGUGCUCAUCCGUGUCAUCGUAAAUAUCUUACAUUGUAUGUAGUUAUUUCCUAAACUGACGUGAUCAAGGUGCCGAAAAUAGCUGAAUAAUAUAUUUAGAAUGUACGAUAGGGACAGAAUCAGUUCUAACUUACGUUUAAACAAACAUUUUUUCAUUAAAACUUCAGCUACCGACACCGAGGAAGUCGAUUUAUUUAUAGACGUUCAUUAACAUGAUUUAUUAAUGUUACAUUAAAUAGUAAUUGUUUAGAAUUAAAAUUACAUAAAUAAAUAGACACAUUUUUUCAUAAUUAUCGUACGCGGUUGUAUUUGCGGGAACAAAGUGCGGAAUUAUUCGUGUCGCGUUUUAAUGAACCCAAUUAAUAACAAAUCCAUACACACAAUUACUUACUGAUUACAUUUUUCUUUGAUUUAUAGCGCUCCGUUCUGAUUUUAUCCGCUCUUUUAAGCAAAUUGUUAUUACAAAGUUACGUAAACCUAAAGGGAUAGUGCGAUAAAAUGAGACGACGUGUAAUUAAUGGCAUGUGUAUAAUAAUAGUGCAAUUUUAAAUGAAUUUUUAUUAUAAAUGGAGUAUAGUAACGGGAACUUCCUGAUGCGGCAUUCAAUAUUUUGGAAGUAUGCGCAAAAUGGACAUACAGAAAGUGGAUAUGGAUCGGACGAAUUCGCACAUGAUUCACCUCGUUACGCAUCACCGACGGGGGGGACCAACUACUACUUAGGACCCGAUGGAGCGGGCGAUUGGCCCACCUCGUAUGCGCCACCUUAUCAAACAUAUGAUUCAUAUGGACUCACACUUGAGACUGAAAAUCAAGGAUUACCUCCUAUGUCAUCGUUUAGAGCGAAUGGUGCACCACCUCCCACAGUACCAGGAGCAAAUAGUGCCGCCUUUAUUCCGGGGCCCCAUCCGCAUGCUCAUCCUCACUCGGAUACUGUUAGUAAAGGUUUAGGAACAAUUUAUCCAAUAACUGGCGAACAGGCCAGUGCAAGUAGUUACAGUUCAGCACCUUCGACUCCCGUCAGUUCGCCCCCACCACUUGCGCCCGGAGGAUGGAUAGGAAAUCACAAUACUCCUCAUUCGCCACAUUAUACACAAGCAGUUACAAUGCCCGCUCCCGAAGCACAACGGUUAGACGAUGCCAUUGGAUUCCUAAGAGACCAUGCCGAAGUCAAUGGAACACGAAUGGAAGAAAGACUGGAUGAUGCUAUUAAUGUACUUCGUAAUCACGCUGAAUCUCAAAUAGGUUUAGGUCAGCUACCGCCAAGUUUAGGUCCACCUCAAGUCACGACGUUGGGAUAUACGUCGUCACCUCCCGAAUCGCCAUUUCCGGAACCUGUAAAAGCGGAAAGAGCGACACAUAAUAGUAAAAAACGCAAAGAGCCUCCCGAUAGUGAUACAAAGCCUUCUAGUUCUAUAGACAGUGUAAUAGCUCAACCUAAUUCAACUAGCGCAGCAACAGUUACAAAGACAACAAAACGGACGAGGAGGUACGAUGCUGAUGAUGAUGAAACUGAUGAUCCAAGCAACAAGGCCGUGCGCGAGAAAGAGCGCAGACAGGCUAACAACAUACGUGAACGUGGGGACGAAGAGGACAGUGAAUUGGAUCCGGAUGUUAAAAUUCAAAGAGAAAGGGAGAGAAGGCAGGCAAAUAAUGCUAGAGAAAGGAUACGUAUUCGUGAUAUAAAUGAAGCACUUAAAGAAUUAGGUCGUAUGUGUAUGGCACAUUUAAAAACGGAUAAACCACAGACCAAAUUGGGUAUUCUUAAUAUGGCAGUUGAAGUAAUUAUGACAUUAGAACAACAAGUUAGAGAAAGAAAUUUAAAUCCUAAAGCAGCGUGUCUGAAAAGGCGAGAAGAAGAAAAAGCUGAAGAUGGUCCAAAACUUGGACCCGGUCCUCAUCACAUGCUCUCUGCCGCUUCACAUUAUCCAAAUAUACCAGGUCCACCUCCUAAUUUGCCUCACAAUCCAAGCCAGCAGCCGCAAUAGCAUUGCUAGCGUAGGCAAGGCUUGCCAACUGUAUAUACAUGCAUUCGUACAAACGGCUAUCAUUCAUUCAUGAGACAUCGUGCAUAAACAAUAUUAUAUUUUUUUAAGGAAAUUAUGCAGUGAUAAAAUUUGUAUUCUGUUUUUUAUAGAUUUUUUUACUUAUUUUUCGUUUUUAGUUUGUAAUAAUGAUGUUUGUACUAUAAUUUCUAAUGCGGUUGAGAUAAUUAGAUAGUGCUUGAAAAUUAGGUGCCAAAUAACAUCCCAAUACUCGUUUAGACUUUUAUACGUAAUUUUAUAGUGUGAUCUCUUUUUGCCAUGAUUUGAUACGUACACAAUGUGACAUAUUCGUAAGGUAUUAUUUUGCGUAAUUUAUUUAGAACUUCGACUUUUUGUCAAAAUGGUUGUGCCAUACAGUUUACUGUCAUUAAAGCAAAAAAAGACAAUCAUACUGAAUUUACCGCUCUCAUUAAUUUAGGCAUUUAAAUAUCUCCAGUGACAAACGUAAGAUCUCUUUAUCUUCGUAUUCAUUUUACAACACUUAGUUUACAUUAUUUAUUUAUUAGAGCUUUAAUUUAUUUACUUUCGUGUUUCAAUAAUGCUUCGAUACCAGUGCAGUGAAAUGAACAGAAUCUCAUAUUGUGAUCUAAUAAUAAUUAUCUCAACCUCGUUGAAAUUAUGUAAGGUAUUAAACUACCGUGCGCCAGUAUUCUAAAGUUGAACUCUUGAAAAUGUAAUACGUGCCUUCAAAUUCUAUUGUUGACUUUUGUAUAAACCAUCCAAACAAGGCACCUAUUACAAUACCAUUCAAGUUUGAUUGGUUUUUUAUGUAUAGUGAACACGCAUAUCCUUUUUUUUUAAUUUAUUGAAAUAUAUACUUAACAACAGUAUAAGUUUUCUCGAAUGUAUCGACAACUUAAUGAUUCGAUUGUAUUAAGUUAAUUGCAUAAUUUAGUUUAUACCUUAACAUAUAACUUCUCUUAUUAUUUAGCGAAUAUUAUAUUAAAUAAUAGAAUUAAGAUUUGUAAUAUUGUUUCUUUUUCGUAUUUUAGUGAAUAUUUAUAUUAUUGUUUUUGAUUGUUAAAGAAAAUUUAAAUUAUUUUAAUUGCUCAGUAUUUUUUAAACAAAAACAUGUGCAAAAAUAGUUGCUCUCUUUAAUAUAAUCCUUUAAAUUUAUUUAGUAAUUAUUUAAAGCGUUUGAAAUCUGAGCAACUAAAACUAGUUAAAUGAUUUAUUAUUUGAUUAUCAUAAAAACGUUGCAAAUCAAUUAUGACAUUAAUUGCUAGUUACUUAUUUGGCGGUUUUUAUAGAUAAUUUGCAAUAAUUUUAAUAAAUCUGUAAAAAAGCUCCCAAUUUAACACCAAUGGGGUGGUUUCCAUUCCUAAGGCAGCCAAUUUAGAAUUGCAUUACCAAAGGAAUGUUGUUUAAACUUUUUUUUUCUUUGCGGAAACAAAACCCUAUUUUUGUAUGGCAGCUGAGAACUCAUUGUAAACUGUUUUGUCGUAUGUCAUGAACAAACUUGCUCAGAAAUGUCCGCCUUACGGAGGGGUGUUCUGUUUAAACCUUAUUCUUAAAUAAUUUGCUUUAUAUUUGGUUGUAGUGUUGUAAUUUACUGAUUUAUUCGAACUAUUUCAUAUCACGUUCUAGUAAUUUCCCAUCAUUUGAUACCUCUUAAGUUUUAGGUUCUUCACUUUGUAUGUAAAGAAGCUGCUUAAUGAAUAAUGUGUACUGGGAGGCAUAAUGUUGAAAGUGCUGUCAAAUGCUGCAUAUUAUCUGAGUGAGCAAUCACUCCGGGAAUGAGUUUCAGACGGGACACCCUGUAUGAGGUCUUUGUGAGUUUGUUACGAGCUUACAUAAAAACUGAUGCCUUAUUUCACUUGAAUAGUAUGAAUUAAUAUCUCAAAAAAUUAUUGUGUUAAAACGCUAUAAAUACAUUGUAUUAGCCAUGACUCUAUUAAUGCAAUCUUGAAUACAGAGAAAUGGCUGUGAAAAUGAAUAUAUAAAACUCUGUAACCAUAAUCAGUUCAGGUCAACUUUAGUCGUAGUGCGCAUCAGUUUUUAUAGCCAAAUUGUGCAGGGUGUUCACACUUCGAGUUACUAAUUAAUACCGGUUGCAUCCAAUAAUGUGAAUGUAAUGCUCACAAGAAAAUACAUCCUGUACAAACAUUCUUUGCACUGGUCACUUAUGCGCAGGUAGAAUAAUUUCAUCAAAUGCUAAAAAUCUAGUCAAGCGAGAUCUGUACUGUAACAGUAUUGUUCAUGUAGCACGUAGGGUUUGCAAUGAGAUUCUUAAAGGCAGCAGGUAUAUACUAUGAUUGUCAACUGAACUUUGGUACAAUUAUCGAAAAUUGGUAGUGGCAGCCGUGUUUAUAUAUAUAUGAAUAUAUUUUUAUUAUAGUUCUUGUAUAUUUAUAUUAUUUAAGUUAUUUUCUUUUAAUAUACUUCUCAUUUGAUGACAAAGAGAUUUUCAAUAUUGGUGCAUUAAAAUAAACGACAUACAACUUAUGCACGUUAUCUGCGAAUUUUGUAAAUUGUUUGAAUAUUUUAUAAGAUAUAUUUUUGUAGUAUCAAAAAAUCCAUCAUUUGAAACACGAAAGUUUCUUUUAAUGAUUAUAGUAAAAAGUUUAAACAAAAAAGUGUAAAGCUUAAAUUGAUAUGUAUCAAACUUUUAAAGGCGAAUGUGUUUCUACUUAUACGAAAGUAUAUGAAUAAACUACUGCGUGAUCAAGAAUUAAGUUAGGAAAUACAGCUAGAAUAUGACAUUCAGACGAUUAUUAACUAUAUGUAAUAUACAGUACGUACAUAAUAUACUAUGUGCCAUUUUUCCAUAAA